GAUUUGUUUUCAUGACGGAUAGCUGUAAGCACGUAUUGAAAAUUAAAACAAGCAUCCAACUCGGAAUUCUGAGUCCUGAUAAAUGGCACUGUCAUGUGUGCAACACAACCGAGAGUGUUUGGGCCUGUCUUUCUUGUCCCAACUUUGCUUGCGGUCGUUACAUUGCUGAACACGCACUUCAACAUUUUCGAACCACAGGGCAUCCUUUAUGCAUUGAAGUAAACGAAAAAUUCGUGUUUUGUUAUAUCUGUGAUGACUUUGUUCUAAACGACAAUGCGCCGGGCGAUAUCAAGUUGCUGCGCAUGGCUUUGGACGCAGUGACUGCUCAGAAUUUCAGAGAGCUGUCCAAGCAAAAACGCGGUCGCCGCAUCUUAAGGUUUCACAUACGUGAUGUGAAGAGAAUCACCAAGCGAUUGUUAAAGGCGGAUGAUGUUCAAACAGCCGUAAUGCGGCAUCGAGUUUCCCGCCUUUCUUGGGCCCUUCAUCAUUGGUGGUCCCAUUAUUUGGAUAGGAAGCGGGCGCUCGGUGCCUCUGCUAGAAUGCGAGCCACGGCUAACAAACCACGCUCUCCUCUAACCUUUUCCCCCGCUUUCACUGGCCUAAGGAAUCUAGGCAAUACGUGUUACAUGAACUCUGUACUACAAGUGCUACGCCACACGGCGCCUUUCGCCAAUUUCGUUAUGAGCCACCCACCAUCCGAGGUCUUACUAGCGUCUAAAAAGCGUCGAUCCGGGAACUUACCUCACCUCGAAACUUCGGGUACCCCAGCCCCGUGUUUCACUUCCACCACCCUGUUGUCUCCUUCCCGCAUUCCUAUCCUGCAGCAAGUCCCGUCUGUAAAUAACUCUCCUGUUUGCCCUACUGCCGAUCUUGCACCCCCGCAACUUCAUAAUUCUCUGUCUACUUUGCCGCAUCUACCGGGAAACCCGGAUCUCAAAACUGCUGAUCCCACCACUCCCUCUGAUACUGUUGGAGGGUUGAAUGGAGGACGUUGUGGGCAUAGUGGCAUCGAAAAAUGUCAGAAGGCAAUUUCUGCGCCUCCAGUUUCGCUUGAGCUUACUAAUCCAGAGCAUAGCUCCGUCUAUGAAGCACUUUAUAAUAUACUGCGCACAUUAUGGUCCAGUCAACGCGCGGUUGUCAGUCCUAGCAAUUUUCUCUACACCGUUUGGACUGCGCUGCCAUCGUUCAAAGGCUACCGACAACAGGACGCGCAAGAAUUCCUCAGUAUUUUCCUGGAGCGCCUACAAUUGGAGAUACAUGGUGACUCUGCGGUUGUCCCUACAAAUGCGCGCGAUUUUGUGAGUCGCACCUUCCAAGGUCAUUGUGUGAGUCACAUACGAUGCUCCAACUGCAAUCUGGUUGCGUGCACUGAAGAGCCCUUUACUGAGCUCAGUUUGGCUCUCCCACCCGACUGCUACAACGGUAAUGCUAUGGAAUGCAAUUUAAUGGAUCUAUUGCAUCAGUUCGUCAGUCCCACACCAAUCGACGGGAAAGGCUAUGCUUGUCGCGAAUGCAGCAACAAACGCGAAAUCUCGGGAUUUAAUUCGGGGCGAUCGAACGUCUCCUUCGCUAGUUCCCACAGUUCCCAGGACUCUUUCCAACGGGGCUCGAGGUCUUCAACGCCCUACAAGGUUGAUCGAUUAGUAUCGGUUGCCCUCUCCCGUCUGUCGUCAUCCACAUCAGACUCCGCCUCUAAUCUCCCCUUGAACUCCGACGUGUUUGGUACGUCGUCAGCAAUCGGAUCGCGCGCCACCUCUAAAACAACCUCUCCUCAUCCCACGGAAGGCAUUGUCUCAUCUGCCUAUUGUGAAGAGGCCAGCCACAAAUUCAAUUCCCCUCUUCGGGACCCCAUCGUUUCAGUGUCGUUCCUCAACGAGAGCACAUGCUCAUCACACCAUGGGUGCGAUUCCAAACGGUCAACUGGCCCGUGUCUCACCUCAGCUACUCAGACAAUACGGCUGAGCCGUUUACCACGAGUGCUCCGAUUGCACAUUAAGCGAUUUCGGUGGAUCGGACGACAACGUGAAAAAGUUGGAUGUCAUGUGGUCUUUCCACUCAUACUAGAUCUAUCCGAAUUUGUUCUGAAUGACGCGGAUCGACUGGAAUGUUCACGGACGCACAUGUGCGACGACGUUGUGUCGGGGUCUGGUGUGCACUGUCUUCCAGCUGAUGCAUCAACGAAUACAUCCUUCGCCGACGAUCUAGCUCCUCCUUCUCCGUCCAAACGGCGUUAUCUGUACCACCUUACUGGUGUGAUCGUUCACCAUGGUCGAGGAUUUCAAUCGGGUCAUUACACGGCUUAUUGCUUGAACGAUCAACCAGAAUGCUGGCUGAACUGCAACGACGCCAAUGUGUCCUUGUGUGAUUUCUCAGAAGUGGCAGGCUCCCAAGCGUAUUUACUGUUCUACUCGGAACUCAUGCCCACUUCACCCUACCCAUCCUGGCUCAGCGAGCCCAAAAUUGCAGCGUCACCUGCGAGUCUGAAGCGUUGCCAUUCAGCCGCCUUCGCCAAUCAACCGACAACCAAACCGGACGGACUUACUAUAUCUACUUCAGAGCUCACGGUACGUCAUCAACAUUCUUUGAGGCGAGCCGCGUCCACUCCAAGUUCUGCGUCACCGGGCUCUACGAACCAGUCAUCGGCACCCGACCUUUCAUUAAAUUCAUCUGGGACGGAACCAUCACUCAUGACACUAAGCAGACUGAGACGCCGACCCCGAUCCAGCCUUAAACCUGAUUCAGGUCGAUUCUCCUCCUUGUCAGACACAUAAUUGAACUAUGUCCAACUGUUCUCUUUGACAAGAAGUCACUCUGGUUCAUCGCGACACAAUACCUGUCUGUACAUCAUCCUUCCUUUGCUCAAACCCUAGCGAGUAUUUUGUUCAUUUUGAUCCCUGCUAUUGUUUACCCCCUAUUUUCAUUUCUCCCCCGAAUUCGUGCAUUUAUUCGUGUCUGUGCGAUAGUGCUUAUUCCCUCUGAUCCGUAUGUUAUUCUUGCAUAUCGAUCCUUUAAUCCGGCAGGAAUUACCCAAAACUACGGCAUUUAUCCGUUUUUAUUUCGUAUCACAAUGUUGUCUGUUACUACCAGCCUCUUCAUUCCAACGUUUCUGUCCUUCGUUUCCAAAUGCUGUCUCUAUAUAUUCGCCUCUUUGUAUGACCACACAAAAAAUAUUCAGUAUUCUCCAGUGACCACCGAUCUUCCCGGCCAUUUAUGUCUUUUUAUCUUUCCUUGAUAGCUCAGUCGCAAUUGCAUACAUAAUUUUGUCGUCAUUGAUGUAGUUGAGUAACGGUUUCCGUUUCAUUUGAUGAAAGCAUAACGCAGGUCUACAUUCAAGCUAUAAGUUUUUUUUCCCUUACUGCAACCUUAUAUUCCUAUCCUAAAAUUGGUAUUUGCAUUGUUAGUCUCUCGCAUUAAUUUUCCCCUGCACGUUAACCGUGCGCACAUUUCCUUCUUGUCUCGUAUGUCCGCCGAGAGAUGGGCAACUUGAGUCACCAACGUGUCCUCGUCCGUUUCUACGAAUUCUUGCAUGGAUUCUCUUCACGCAUACCUUCAGC